AUGGACUUGCUUACUGCUCUCCUCCUCUCGCCAGGGCGUGUCCUCCAGCGGGCACUGACGUCUUCCCACUGUCUUCUCGCACUGUUCCCUGCGGCUCGUCACUGCCGGCCGCAUUCCAACUCGACCUUUGUCGUACCGCUGUCCUUCGGUAUCCGCAUGGACCGCGCGUCGACAUUGGCUAGACAGCAUCUCAAUGGCGCCAGGACAUGUCUCACGAGCGCUCGCAACAACCUCGGGCACAUUCCUGCGGUAGCUGUCAUCGACCUCAGGCUACUGGAGCCAGUGCAGCAGCAGCAUGCUGGGGGCCAGGAGUUAUAUUCCACGUCGUUCCAUAAGGCCGCUUCACUGCGUUAUGUUUGUCCCAUCGAGCGACUCUGCAUCUGGCCACGUUAUGUGUAA